ACUCUGUUACAGCCACGAGCCCUGGCACAUGCGCCAGUCAGUCAGUCACCUCCAUCUGCUACAGUCAAUCUAUACCUGUCCCGCCCCGCCGCACCCUCCUCUCAUGCCCCUCCGCUCUCCCUUGCUCUCCCGCCGCCCAUGAUGUCUCGUUCGGCUUCUGCCGAUGGCCACGAGAGCUCCAGUCGUGACACUCCGCUGUCUUCCAUGCGCGAUUCCACUUUCCAAGACGACGCGGCUGAGAAUGCUUGGUCCCCCAAUCCCGACGACCUCCCCCGUCAGACCGCCCGCCUAUCGCUCUUCUCCCCCCAUGUGCCAGCCUCACAAUCCGACGAUCCUGCCCAACAUGAACCCGACGUGACUUCGCCCAUCUCAUCACGCCCACUGCAAACCCUCGCCGGCGUCGCCAGCAUGAAGCGCAACUCACGCCUCAAAGUCUCCGGCGAGCAGUCCUCACCGUCCACCCAUUUUGCUCGCCGUAUACCCAGCGCUCAAAAGGACGCCGACGACCCUACCACGCCUCCCGAUAGUGCCAAAGACAGAGAAUCUCAAGGUCGCGAAUACACUACCCUCACCACUCUGAGUCGUCUCUUCGCCGGCGAUGCGACCAUGAUGAACACCCGAACACCAUCCUACAACCAAGCAACUGGUCCUCUUUACGUGCGGGCAUCCGGCGAGUCUAUACCCCUUCCCGACCAUCUCUAUACCCGCGGUCUACUUGAAGGUCGCCAUUCCGAUAUCACCAUCAUCGCUUUCGGCCAGAGGUAUAACCUCCACCGUCUGAUCCUUGACCGCGCCCCGUUCUUCACCACUGCACUUUCCGAGCCCUGGCUGGAGAGCCACGCCAAAGAGGUCCCGCUGUACCCCGAAGACAUCGAUCCCAGCAUCACACAGGCUUCGUUUGAGCUUGCCAUCAAAAAGCUCUACGGCGUGGAUAUCUCCAAAGAGUGUGACGCUGAAGCAAUUGGAUUGUUUGCUACUGGUUGCUGGUUGGAGAUGCAGGACCUUAUCGAUGCUUCCAUCGACUCCAUUCUCCGCCAAAUGACGCCCUACCUGCUUGCGCCGUUGAUCCGCUUGGUCACAGCCAACUACUACGGCCGCUCAGGAGACCGAAUUCUUGAAUCUGCCAAAGCCAUGCUCAGCCGUAAUGGCUGGGAAAUGCCGCUUAAAUACUGGGACGGUAUGCCUGGCGACGUGGUCAGGGAAAUGGUCGCAUCGGAUGGCUUCUAUGUCGACAGCGAGUGGGACCGCUGGGUACUGGCAAAACGUCUCUUGGACCGCCGGUUGCGCCAAGCUGCGAUCGAAGCUGGUCUGAUACAGCGCGGUCAAAGACCCAUCCCGAAAGCACCCAACUCGCAGUCUCUCAUGGCUGUUCGCUUUGAAGGAACCCAUCGCCAAAAUGCCAUGGCCAUGCAACAGUCAGCUUCGGAUGCACAGAGUGACUGGCUCGCCCUAUACACAAAUACUGACAUUGAACGCAUACUGGUUCUACUGGACGAGGGCAUCCAUUAUAUUCACAUGGACUAUGAGCAACUUGAAUACAUUAGAAAUGCACGUGACAUAUUCGGCUUUCCCGUCAUGCCAGACAAAGUCAUAUCGAAUGCUCUAUGGCAACAAUUGGCGCUGCGCCAGAAAGUGCUGAACGCCGACGACUCAUCGCAAGAGCUUGGUGUCUGCAAAAAUCCACCAGAGCCUGCUACCAUGAAUGCGGGCACAAAGUCAGAGGGCUCGGUGUCAAAGGGCAAGCAGAAGGCGACGUCGUCCACACCCGAGAACGACGAGGAAGAGCAUAGGCCGGGAGCAUUGUUCGACGGCUGGAAUGCUAACGGGAAGCCCCGAAAAUUCUGGAUUCCAAGCUCGGAUUGUAACAUUGUGCUAGGAAACGGUGCUGAUCCUGUUAUCACGACAUCGAGCACCUUCCAACGCCACGCUGCCCGCCUCUCCGCCACCCUGCAGCCCGAAGAUGCCCAGUGGGCCACCGAUUUUGCAUCUUCCCCGGGCACCAUGGCCAAUGCAAACACCCGAGCCGAGUCAGCCAGGCCCCUCUCCGCUGGUGGGAGCAACGCAGGCCAACCGAAACCCAUUGCAUAUACCGAAUUCCCGCCAUUUCGCUUCUCGGCUGAAUUCCCCAAUCCCCGUUUUCUGAAAGAAAAGAAAAGGGUGUACUCCAAGACCGUAGCCUACGCUGGAUCACUGUGGAAUAUAUACAUACAAAAAGUGCGAUCGGCAAAGAAUGUCCAGUUGGGUGUCUACCUCCACCGGGCCAAAGAGCGCGACACCGAAGACGCCGCUCAAGGUAAUACCUUGAGCCAGCAAAAUGCGGGCUCGGUGGACGAGCGGAUAGGACAGCUCGAACGAGAGAUGCACAUGCGUAAUGAACGCCGCGAACGUCGACGAAGUGGACGCAUCCCAGUUGAGCAAACCGAAGACGAUACAAGCGGAAGCGGAGGCGAUCAAGACGGAACGCUUGUCACCAAUAACCCGCGAGCCUCUUGGGCGUCGACUAACACAUUGGUCAGCCGCAGGAGUGGCACCGUUCCGCGUAUAAAUACAGUCCGUGGCAGCAAUGCUCCUUUCCAAUUCCCCAUCAUGUCUCCCCCCAGCGGCGCCGAGGGCGACGGCCACACUGACUCACCUUUCUUCCCUCCUACGUUGGAAGCUGAUUCCGAUGACGAAUUCGAGGAGUCGGACGCCGAAGAUGAGCCAGCAUCCGCCUACCCCAACCCAUCCCUCUCUUCUCAACGAAAAAUCCGCGCCGCUAUUUCCACCCUGCCGUCCUACGUCGACGCUCGCCCCACCAUCAAGACUUAUUUCAAGAUAUACAGUCCUUCCAAGGGUGGCCGCAUGUUGAGUAUCUACGAGAGUGCGCCCGACCGUUUUAAUUUCAGUCAAAGCUGGGGCUGGAAGAGCAGUACCUUGAUGCUGGACGAAGGGGCUCUCACUGGCGGAAUUGAAGACGGACCUGCCGAGGGAUUGCCAGGAAAGAAGGGAGACGGAAAGUUGCGUUUCAUGGUCGUUAUUGGCAAUUUGUAA